AUGACCAAUCAUACAGCUACGAGGGAUAGGGGCACGGAUGCGAUCGUCGAGCACAACGCCAGCGGCAGCCGCACACAGGUCGCCGCCGGAAGUAGCGGUAGCAGUGCCGCCAGCGACAUCGGCAGCAGGGUCUCGGACACGAUGGAGGUGACCGUGGCCUUGGAGGACGCGGUCAGGGGCGUCUCCGCCGACAUGGACACGGACACGGACGCGAUGCGCCGUGUGUGCGCCGGCAACAUCAUGACCACGGACGCUUUGGGCGUGACCGUUGUCGUGCUGGAGGUGGUCGUGGGUGCCUCCACCGGCACGGAGGUUGGCAAGGAUGUGACCGGUGACCAGACAGCAGGUGCCAGCAGUACCGUCAGCGGCAUCAACAGCGUGACGUCCUUUGUAGAGAUCGUGUCCGUACGGGAGGAGAUCGGAGGCAACUUCGUCAGCAUGGAGUCGGACGCAAUGGUAGCGGGCGACUCGGGCAGCGAGGGCAGCGGCCGUGGCAGCGCCGUCAGCAGCAUGACCUCAGAUGUGGUGGUGGCGAACGUGGCCGUGCUGGAUGUGGUCUGA